AUGGAUUUUUUUUUUUUAAUAAUUCUUUGAAUCUCAAGUUCAUCUUUAUAUGAACUCUUUUUUGUUGUUUUUUUGUUGAGGAGAUAACUAACCCUAGCUGUCUCCAGUUUGACAAAGGUUGUUUGAAUGGACUUAAAUCUCUCAGUAGUUGGGAGAUGUUUUAAAAACACGCCCUGUGUUUGAAUUGUGGCUGAGAGGUUUCCUUGGCAAUGUGAGGAGGAAAAUUCUUUCUGCCUCAUUAUUAUUAAUUCAUGGAUUGAGUGUUGGUUCGACCUACAGGCGUAAUAGAUUGGAACUCAGUGAAGACACAGACAUUGCUGCUGAGAGCAACCAGCUAAUAAUGAUUACGUUUAAAAGACAAUUCCUGUGAUUGAGUUGUCUUUUGGAAGAUUAAACCCAUAUCAAGAGGACUUGGAGCUGGUCCUCGCCUUGAGGAAGCAGUGGCUUGUUUUCAAGAAGCCACUUCUCAUCUGAGGAUCUACUCAGCAUGCCUAAUCAAGGAGAAGACUGCUAUUUUUUUUUCUAUUCUACAUGUACUAAAGGUGACAGCUGUCCAUUCCGUCACUGUGAAGCUGCAUUAGGGAAUGAAACUGUUUGCACAUUAUGGCAGGAAGGGCGCUGUUUUCGACAGGUGUGCAGGUUUCGGCACAUGGAGAUUGAUAAAAAACGCAGUGAGAUUCCUUGUUAUUGGGAAAAUCAGCCAGUGGGAUGUCAGAAACUAAACUGUGCUUUUCAUCACAACAGAGGACGUUUUGUUGAUGGCCUUUUCCUACCUCCAAGCAAAACUGUGUUGCCCACUGUGCCUGAGUCACCAGAAGAGGAAGUGAAGGCUAGCCAGCUCACAGUUCAACAGAGCAAAUUAUCUGUCCAGUCUAAUCCCUCUCCUCAACUGCGAAGUAUUAUGAAAGUAGAAAGUUCAGAAAAUGUUCCUAGCCCUACACAUCCACCAGUGGUAAUCAAUGCUGCAGAUGAUGAUGAAGAUGAUGAUGAUCAGUUUUCUGAGGAAGGUGAUGAAACCAAAACACCUACCCUGCAACCAACUCCUGAAGUUCAUAAUGGAUUACGAGUGGCUUCUGCCCGGAAACCUGGGGUCAAUUUAAAACAAGGUGAAUGUUUGAAUUUUGGGAUAAAAACUCUUGAAGAAAUUAAAUCAAAGAAAAUGAAGGAAAAAUCAAAGAAGCAAGGUGAAGGUUCUUCAGGAGUUUCCAGUCUUUUACUCCAACCACAGACCAUUCCAGGUCCUGAAAAAGAGAAUGUCCGGACUGUGGUGAGGACAGUAACUCUGUCCAACAAACAAGGAGAAGAACCUUUGGUAAGAUUGAGUCUAACGGAGAGACUGGGGAAACACAAAUUUUCAGGAGGUUGCGACAGUGAUCCUCCAUUAAAGCAUAGCCUUGCACAAAGGCUAGGGAAGAAAGUUGAAGCUCCAGAGACUGACACUGACAGAACACCAAAGAAAGUUCAAGUUUCCAAGUCUCUGAAGGAGCGAUUAGGCUUGUCAGCUGGUCUAAACAAUGAGGAGGCAGCAGCAGAGAGAGUUACUAAAGUUGGUGAGAUCCACGUGAAGACAUUAGAAGAAAUUCUUCUCGAAAGAGCCAGUCAAAAACGUGGAGAAUUGCAAACUAAACUCAAGACAGAAGGACCUUCAAAAGUUGAUGAUUCUACAACAGGAACAAGAACCUCCUCCACUGUCCGAAUCAAAACGUUCUCUGAGGUCUUGGCUGAAAAGAAACACCGGCAGCAGGAAGCAGAGAGACAAAAAAGCAAAAAGGACGUAACCAGCAUCAAGCUAAAGACUGAUAAUGAAAUUAAAAAAACAGUGGUUUUGCCACCUGUAGUAGCCAGCAGAGGACAGUCAGAGGAACCUGCAGGUAGAGCGAAGUCUAUGCAGGAAGUGCAUAUCAAGACGCUGGAGGAAAUUAAACUGGAGAAGGCUCUGAGGGUGCAGCAGAGUUCUGAGAGCAGAACCAGCUCCCAGCCUCAGCCUGAGGCCACCCCAGGGGCAAGACGGCUUCUCCAGAUCACUAAAAGAACAGGUAUAAAAGAAGAGAGGAAACUUAAAGAAGAAAGUGUUGUUGCUUCUCAGAGCAGUGUUACUAGAACAGAGGCUAAAGAGACUUCAGAUGAGACCACAGCAGUUGACGUCACUAAAAUUCAAGUCAAGAGAUGUGAGACAGUGAGAGAAAAGCAUGUGCAGAAACUGUCGGAGAAGCAAAAAUCAGUUUUGGCACGCCUUCGGGGAGAUUUAGACACUUGCAACACCCAGUUAGCAGAGAAACCAGUGCUCGCUACCGUGCCAGACAUCACACGGCUCCUGACUAAACGGCCUCAUUCAAAGAUAUCCCAGAAGACAGAGGUGGAAACCUCAGGGAUUGGGCACUCAAAACUGAAUGUGAAAGGUGCAACACAGACCUUGGAAAAAAGGGGUAAAGCUAAACCUAAAAUGAAUGUGAAGCCAUCUGUGGCUAAAGUUGUCUCAUCACACAAAGUGGCCCAAAAACGCAGGGCAGUGGAGCCCCACUCUGCUGUCAUUGCAUCUGUGAAACCACUCACCUCCAGCAGUGUCCUGCAGAAAAGCCCAGUCAAAAAAGCAGCUGUGGCUGUUGUCCCACUUCUCUCUGAAGACAAAUCAGUCACUGUGCCUGAGACAGAAAAACCUAGAGACAGUUUUGUGCUGCCUCCAACCCAGUCCUCUUCAGAUCCUUCCCCACCAGAAGUAUCUGGCCCUUCCUCAUCCCAGGUGGCCACAAAAACUCGCCGACUCAGCUCUGCCUCAACAGGAAAGCCGCUACUGUCUAUGGAGGAUGAUUUUGAGAAAUUAAUAUGGGAGAUUUCAGGAGGCAAAUUAGAAGCUGAGAUUGACUUGGAUCCUGGGAAGGAUGAAGAUGACCUUCUGCUUGAGCUAUCAGAAAUGAUUGAUAGCUGAAGGUUGUAGUAGAACAUUUAAAACAAAAACACAAAAAAAAGACUCACCAAAAACUGGACUUAGUUUCAUCUAUUAUAACAUUUAUCCAAAAUGAUCAUUUCUUUAGUCUAGAAUUUUCCCCAAAUAAGAAAUAUACCUCUGAAUUAUC